UGACGGAUGAGCCCGGAGCGCUAUCGCACCGCGACACCACGUAUGCAAGCACUGCUCGUGGCCACACACCAGCUUACGCUCUAUAACAGACAUAGCAUUACAAAUAGUGGUCAAAUGCAUAACUCAUCAACCGUAACGUAGAAAAAUAAGAAAUAAGUUGCUAAUCAAAGAGAAGUUCAAAUAGGUACAUGUGUGUUCAUCAAUAACGACGGUACAAGGGUGAUUUCUGUAACAUACUAAACAGCUUGAAGACGAUCUCUCUAAGGACAUAGUUACACUUCAAAAAGUGUUACAUGAAGUAUCAAGAGUGCGCGAGGUAUUUUCAAUGCUAAGACCAAAGCUCCGUGAAAUGUGAAAAGCGUAAACGUAAGAGUGAUUACUGAGUGAGGCGUUAUUUUGAAAUAAACAACAAGAUAGAGCAUUCCUGCUGCAUCAGGACUAGAGAACAGAUAUAAGUUCAAAGUACCUACUACUGAAAGCUCCCCGUCAUGGGGCACAACUUCACAUUAUGGUGCGCUUUAGCGUUAGCGCUAUGCGCAUACGCUUUUGCGUCUCCUCGAGCGGGCUUCACGUUCGCCCGAAAUGCCGUCGAAACGAUUCCACAGCACGAUCCAAUUGCUGCACCAAUACGUGCCUCCGUUGAAAGCAUACCGUUAAGGAGUGUUCGUGAUGAGGGAGAUGAAAGACUGCCACUACGUGACGCUGUAGAAAAACGGCCGAUCUCACUGAUGGAACCCGGAUCAUCAUUCAAAAUUGUAGAGGAUGCUGAAGUCCUUUCAUAUGACGAUGGUUUGGCUGGAUUGAAAUAUUACGGCGCUGCUAAUCAUCUUAAUAACAGCACCCGCAACGAUGAAAGACUGCAGCUAGGAAAUGCGAACUUACAAGCGAUGCAGCAGACAGUGGCGGGUCCCACGGCGCGUCGCUUGGUGGUAUGCUACAUGGAAUCUUGGGCGGCCUACAGGGCCCCGCCGCUGGCGUUCACAGCCGGCCUAGUGCCAAAUUCCUGCACACAUUUACACUACGCGUUCGCUACUAUGCACCCCCAUACAUACUCCGUUAUUCCUAACAAUGAGGACUACGAUAUCGUUAAAGGCGGUUAUCGCAUAGCUACUGGUCUAAAACGUCGCUUGCAAGGUUUGAAAGUGAUGAUCAGUGUCGGAGGUGAAGGCACCGACCGGUUGUUCAGCGAAAUGGUACAGGAACCAGUUAGACGAAGCAUGUUCAUAGAGAGCGCUGUGAACUUCAUGAGGGAUCAUGAUUUCGACGGUUUGGACCUUCAUUGGGUGUAUCCAGGUGAAGACGAGAAGGAAAAGGAUCUGCUGACGGCUCUAUUGUACGAAUUACGGGAAAAGUUUUCCUCAUAUGGAUUCCUACUCUCUACUGUUCUACCUCCAUUUAGGUACCAGAUAGAAGACGGGUACGAUCUGAGUGCAGUCAGCGGAGCAACCGACUACACAGUAUUGCAAGCGUGGGACAUGACGCACGGCAAGCGUGAGGAAGCUCCAUCCAGGGCUUUGCAGCACAGCGCACUGCAUAGAGACCCUGGUGCGGCGGCCAGGGACCAGCGAUAUGAUAACAUUGAAUUCAUGGUGAAGUUCAUCCUGCGUAACGGUAUGAAUGCUGAAAAGCUGGUCCUGGGAGUUCCAUUCUUUGGCCGCACUUACACUCUUGCACCAUCAACGCUUCCCUCGCCCGGUGCUGCUGUCAGUGGGUGGGGUGAUGAAGGAGCCUAUACACAGACGAAGGGACUUCUUGCUUUCUUCGAAAUCUGUAUGGCAGAACGUGAAGGUAAAGGACCAACUGGUACUGAUGAGGCAGGAAACACAUACGCUGUGUUUGACAACCAAUGGAUUACAUACGACAAUCCAACUACUGUUUUGGAAAAGAUGAAGUUCAUAGUUACUACGGGCUUAGCGGGAGCUGCAGCAUGGUCCAUUGAUAUGGAUGACUUCAGAGGACUUUGCGGUCAACCUUUCCCAAUGCUGAGCGCCAUUUCUACUACAUUGAAUGGUGAAAAGACGACAACAGAUCAGUCCUCAUUGAAGAUAGGAUCUUGUGAAUCUGAAAAUGCUUACUUAGCGUCAGACGAAGACUCCUGUGCUCACUUCCACUUUUGCACUGGAGGCAUCAGUUACAGAAUGUCUUGCGAAGAUGAACGACUUUAUGAUCCUUCCACUGGAUUCUGCGGGCACCAAGACGUUGCAAAAUGUAUGCCGGGCCAGAGUCUUCGGAUAAGCGUCGAAGAUGCAGCACGUUUCCUAUCACAGGCGUAUGAAAACGAUUUUGAGUGGAAUGAACCUAUGAAAGACAUGAUAGCAAGUAAAGACCCAGAGCGUUUGAUUGCCGAAAUGGAUAGCAAGAAAAGUAAACAAAGUGACAAGCUUGUAGUAUGCUACAUGACAAGUUGGGCCUUCUAUCGUCGCGGUGAUGGAAAGUUUGUACCAGAAAACGUUGACACCCGGCUUUGUACCCACGUGGUAUACGCUUAUGCCUCACUAUCCCCUGACGAGCUCAUUGCUAAGGAGUUCGAUCCAUGGGCUGAUGUCACCAACAAUCUUUACGAACGAGUCACAUCAUUAAGAGACGUCAAAGUAAUCCUUGGUUUGGGAGGCUGGACGGACUCCGCUGGAGACAAAUACUCCAGGCUAGUGUCAUCAGAGGCAAAUCGCAGCAAGUUUAUUGAAAAGUUGAUACCAUUCUUGCGCAUGCACAAUUUCAAGGGUCUACAUUUAGACUGGAACUACCCAGUGUGUUGGCAGAGUAACUGCAAGAAGGGUGCUGUCUCUGAUAAAGCGAACUUCGCUAAAUUCGUUCAGGAAUUAUCUAAAGCUUUACAUGGAGCUAGCAUGGAACUUGGUGUUGCUAUUUCUGGAUACAAAGAAGUGAUUGAAUCAGCAUACGACCUACCAGUCCUUUCGAAGGCAGCUGAUUUCCUCAGCACCAUGACAUAUGAUUACCAUGGUGGAUGGGAGAGGUCUACUGGACAUCACACACCACUAGUCCCGUCACAAAGAGAUGCACUGGCCUAUUAUUCGAUUGAAUAUGCUGUCAAAGCCUUGAUAAGUGGUGGUGCAGAUCCCAAGAAACUUCUCCUUGGUUUGUCGUUCUACGGUCAGUCAUACAGACUGGCUAGCAUGAGUGGAGCGAAGGGACCCGGGUCACCUGCCGACGGCCCUGGCGAACCCGGAGAGUUUACCAAACAACCCGGAAUGUUGGCUUAUUAUGAAAUAUGCUACCGAGUGAAGAACUUGAGAUGGAAGACGGGCAGACAGGAAAAUGCGGGGCCUUACACCUACUCCGACAAUCAGUGGGUGGGAUACGAUGACCCCAAGUCUAUCACUGAAAAGGUGGAAUGGGCCUUACGGCAAGGGAUGGGUGGUGUCACCGCAUGGGCCAUAGAUUUGGACGACUUCAGUAACCGUUGCUGUGCGGAACCAUCUCCCCUGCUUCGUGCAGCUGGUCGUGCUCUGGGCAGAAGUGUACCUUCGCCGCCGACAGCUGCUUGCGAGAGACCACCCGAACCUGUUACGCCUUCACCGCCUACUACUACCACUGUUGAGUCUGAUGGUUCUCUCGGAGGUGGCAGCCACGAUCAUCACCACCAUGAGCAAACGUCCACCACCUGGCCGGGUUGGAACCCAUCCAGCACCACUCCGAGCACCCAACAGACUUGGUGGCCCGCAGCUACCACACCUAUGACUACCACCACUUCUACUACUACUACGAAACGUCCUACCACUACCACUAAGCGUCCUACUACCACUAAGAAGCCACCUGCUGAUUCUGGAACCCUAGAAGGGUCAUCCUGCAACGCAGGCGAGUACCACGCAGCAUCAGGCGACUGCGAGGGCUACCUGCAGUGCGAGGGCGGCGCGUGGCGCAAGCACCGCUGCGCCCCCGGCCUGCACUGGGCGGCCGCUGUCAACAGAUGCGACUGGCCUAGCUUUGCUAAGUGCACUGAAACCGCAAGCAGUGCCGCGAGUACAGCAACAACGACGCUACAACCAAUAGCGUCGCGUCCUCCGCCUAAGCCUACUACCACUACUACAACAACUACUACUACCACUACAACGAAGCGUCCUACUAUGAAACCUACCACGCCAGCUCAAUCUGACUCAAACAGCCCAUCAGACGGGAAGCCAUGUGUUGGUGAACAAUACAACCCGGUCCCUGGUGAUUGUAACGCAUACCUCCAUUGUGACGGCAGCGUGUGGCACAUGCAGCACUGCGCUCCUGGCCUACACUGGAGCAACAGCCAGAAGCAUUGUGACUGGCCUAAAUAUGCCAAGUGUGAAGUGCCGAAAUCAACGACAGCAGCUCCAAAACCGACACGACCAAGCAAACCUCCAACUACGACUACCACAACUACAACGACAACAACGAAAGCUCCAGCAUCAGGAUCUCCAACUGAAGACGGAGCAUGCGGAGGUAACGACAUGCAUGCGCCCGCGCAGACCUGCGAUUCAUACUUGCUGUGCGUUGGCGGCCGCUGGCGCAAGCAACUGUGUCCACCUGGUCUCCACUGGGAUAGGAGGACCCGAAGAUGUGACUGGGUUGAAUUCGCCAUGUGUGAAGUGGGCAAACCGUCCAAGUCACCGCUGCCACCGACGACCACCACCACCACUACAACUACCACUACCACCACGACAACCAGACGUCCCAUCACACCCAGACCCACUCGGCCUACAACCACUAAGAAACCUCUCGCUGAUGAAGCUCAAGUUCCCGGAAAGGGUUGCACCACCGGCACUUACCACGCUCAUCCUAAGUGCGAGAAGUUCUACGUGUGCGUGAACGGAGUGCUCAUCGCUCAGAGCUGCGCCCCCGGCCUAGUGUGGAGACCUGACCGCGCCCAGUGUGACUUCCCCUCUGCUUCAUCUUGUUCCGACAAGAGACAGAGCGACUCUCAUGACACGGACUCGAGUUCGCAGUCUACUGUCAUGCAGCAGCUCAAUGAAGCUCCUCCCAAAUAUUGUGAGAGUGGUGCAUACGCUCCGUUGCCGUCAGACUGCACGCGUUACUUGCACUGCUUGUUUGGUACAUUCCAAGAAUUUGCCUGCAGUGCUGGUUUACAUUGGAAUCAGGAGAAACAAAUUUGCGACUGGCCUAAGAAUGCUAAGUGUAAACGCAAGUCUAGUCCGCCUACCACCACCACGACCACUACCACUACAUCGACAACUACUCCCCAACCUCUUGAUGCGGAUGAUAUCGCAGUCGUGGUACCGGAACAUGAACAUAUCCAUGAGCACAUACAUGAGCAUCCUCAGCCCACACCAGUAAAACCAAUGGCUUUACCGUCAAGCGGAACACAACCCGAAAUUAGCUCCACACCAGCUCUCCUAAACUCUCGUUAUAAACUGGUGUGUUACUACACCAAUUGGUCGUGGUACCGCCCUGGAAUCGGCAAGUAUAGUCCAGAAGAUAUCGACCCAAGUCUUUGCACACAUAUCGUGUAUGGAUUCGCUGUUCUCAGUGAUGAUGGUCUUAUUAUGGCCCACGACUCUUGGUCGGACUAUGACAAUGGAUUCUAUGAAAAGGUUGUGGCAUACAAACGCUACGGUAUAAAGGUGUCUCUAGCUAUUGGCGGCUGGAAUGACUCAGCAGGUGACAAGUACUCCAAGUUGGUCAAUGACCCGGCAGCUCGCGCCCGAUUUGUCACACACGUAGUGCAAUUCCUCGAGAAAUACGGUUUCGAUGGAUUAGACCUCGACUGGGAAUACCCCAAGUGUUGGCAGGUUGAUUGCUCAAAGGGCCCAGAUUCAGACAAAGAAGGUUUCGCUGAUCUAGUACUUGAGCUAUCAGCUGUGUUCAAGCCUAAAGGCCUGCUUCUUUCUGCGGCCGUAUCUCCUAACAAGAAGGUUAUAGACGCCGGUUACGAUGUACCAGUAUUGGCUCGCCAUUUAGACUGGAUCGCCGUUAUGACAUAUGACUAUCAUGGACAAUGGGACAAGAGAACUGGACAUGUUGCACCACUGUACUACCACCCAGAGGACGGCACUACUUACUUCAAUGCGAACUAUACAAUCCAUUACUGGAUGGCCAAGGGAGCACCAGCGAAUAAACUUGUCAUGGGCAUGCCAAUGUACGGUCAAACGUUCACUUUGGGCGAAGGCAAUGAUUCGCCACAAUAUCUCAGUGCGUACAAUGAAGCUACUGGCUUGAACGCCCCAGCUUCAGCAGGAGGAGAAGCCGGCGAAUAUACUAGGGCUAAAGGCUUCUUGUCUUAUUAUGAGAUUUGCGACCGCAUCAGAUACAAUGGAUGGAAGGUUGUGAAGGAUCCUCAACAGCGUAUGGGUCCUUACGCUUACAAGGGCAACCAGUGGGUUUCAUUCGAUGAUGUAGAAAUAAUAAAGAAGAAAGUCAACUUCAUUAAAUCACUCGACCUCGGCGGUGGUAUGGUCUGGGCUCUUGAUCUUGAUGAUUUCAGGAAUAGAUGUGGUCAAGGAAAGCAUCCACUUGUGAAUGCAAUCAAGAACGGCUUACUGGAUCCUAAUGUUGAAGAAGAAACUAUAUUAUCUGAUCAAAUAAUCGAGCCUCCUAAUGAAAUAGACGAAGGAUCUGAUGAGGAUGACAUACAAGUAAAGCCUAUCGCGAAACCGACGCAGAGACCGACACAGUUGACCACUCAAGUACAACCAGUUGUCACCACUACUAAAAAACCCGUAACUACCAUCAGUACUGCUUUGGAAGAUCGUUACAAGGUCGUCUGCUACUACACUAAUUGGGCUUGGUACAGACCGGGUCCAGGAAAGUUCACACCAAGCGACAUUGAUCCAUCGCUUUGCACCCACAUUGUGUACGCAUUUGCCGUCCUCGACACUAAGCGUCUCGUGAUCAAGCCACAUGACAUCUGGUUGGAUGUCGAAAACAAAUUCUACGAAAAGGUGGUGGCACUUAAAGAAAAGGGUGUUAAAGUAGUCCUUGGAUUGGGUGGAUGGGAUGACUCGGCAAGUGACAAGUAUUCACGAAUGGUGAACAGUGUUGCAGCGCGAAGAAAGUUCGUCAUCCACGCAAUCGAUUUCAUUGAACAAUACGAAUUUGAUGGAUUAGACCUCGACUGGGAAUACCCCAAGUGCUGGCAAGUAAACUGCGAAAAAGGCCCAAGCUCUGACAAGCAAGGUUUUGCAAGUCUCGUCAAGGAACUCCGAGCUGCCUUCAAGCCUCGUGGCUUAUCGCUGUCAGCAGCCGUCUCCGGCAGCAAACGAGUUAUUGACGCUGGCUACGAUGUUGCAACGCUGUCCAAGAAUCUGGACUGGAUUUCUCUAAUGUCAUACGACUACCACGGACAAUGGGACAAGAAGACCGGACACGUGUCACCAAUGUAUGCAAGCGAUGGAGAUGAUGACAAAACUUUGAACACGAACUUCACGGUACACUACUGGAUUAACAAGGGAGCAUCUCCUGAGAAACUUAUUUUGGGUGUUCCUUUCUACGGUCAAUCAUUUUCUCUGGAAGAGAACGCUGGCUCCGGCCUCGGAGCACCUGCAUAUGCGGGCGGAGAGGCUGGUGAUGAGACCAGGGCUAGAGGCUUCUUGUCCUUCUAUGAAAUUUGUGACCGCAUCAGAGUGAAUGGCUGGAAGGUGACUCGCGACCCGGGUGGUCGUAUGGGUCCUUACGCCAGCUUCGAAGACCAAUGGGUUUCGUUCGACGAUGACUUCAUGGUGCGUCACAAAGCGGAAUAUGUUCGUUCCAUGGGACUUGGAGGCAGCAUGGCAUGGUCUCUGGACCUUGAUGACUUCAGUGGAAGAAACUGCGGCUGUGGAAAAUCACCACUUCUGGCUACCAUCAAUCAUGUGCUGCGUGGCCUCGAGGCGCCGCCGAGAUGUUCGCUAGAAGAACUACAACCCGAUAAUGCAGAAAUAGAUACAGACGUUUCAGUCGUGCCAAUCGUGACACCUGAAUCAGAAAUUGUUGAACCGGACGACAUUCCAGCGGUCUCACCCGUUGAAGAAGUUGAUACUGAUACCAAUAUCGACACUGAUACCGACACAGAUACUGACACAGACACAGAUUUAGACACCGAAAACAAUGGUCCAAGUCUUGCAGGAACUUCUUGCACUGGAAACGUUUUCAAGGCUGACGAAAAUAAGUGCAGCAAAUAUUACUUGUGUCUCAACGGUCAAUGGAUGGAACUGGAGUGCCCUUCGCCAUUACACUGGAAUAAGAACCACUGCGACUGGCCAGAAAAGGCUCAUUGCAAAACGAAGGCUGCAUUGCGACUAACGGGAAUUGAACCCGAAGAGAUACAAGACGACAAACCUAUUGUUGGAUGUUACUUUACCAACUGGGCUUUCUACAGACCUGGCAAGGGAAGUUUCGGACCGGAGCAAGUAGACCCAACCGCCUGCACACACAUCAUCUACGCAUGGGCUUACCUCGAUGGCAAUACCUUUAAUUUGGUACCUGGAAACAAAGAGUUAGAUCUGGAAAAUGAUUUUUACGGCAAGUUGACUCAAUUGCGCCAAACAGGAGUAAAAGUUAUUAUUGGCGCUGGUGGCCUCAGGGACUCUGAAGGCAGAAAAUGGAACAAAAUGGUAUCAAGUCCACAAAACAGGAAGACGUUUGUGGAUUCAGUGUUGAAAUUCUUGCAAAGAUGGCACUUUGACGGUGUUCAGAUUGCUUGGCAAUAUCCGGGAUGUAAACAAACUCCUUGCACAAAUGCUACAGUCGACUACAAAGAAAGGGACAACUUUGCCAAAUUACUUUUAGAAUUAUCAAGGACUAUACGUCCUCAAGGUCUGGAGCUGUCAGCUAUGGUGGCAGCUUCACCAGAAAUUGCUCAAUCAGCUUACAAGCUUCACAUACUGGCGUCAGAGUUAGAUUGGGUGUCGAUAGCAGCUAAUGACUAUUACGCGUCCUCUACUGGAAAGACUGCGCAUUUGGUACCACUUGAAUCAAGUUCCACUAAAGGAGUCAGUAGUAUGAAUUCUUCCCUCACAUACUGGACGAGCGUGAUGCCCCCGCGUCAGGUAGUCCUGGGCUUGCCCGCAUACGCACGGUCGUACAGCCUGCGCAGCGCCGCCAGCGCCGCACUCGGGGCGCCCGUCACCGGCCCAGGCGAGCCCGGGCCCUACACCCGCGUACCUGGCUUCCUGGCCUACUACGAGGUGGCAGACGAUUUAGCAACACAUGAAUGGAAAGAGAGUCGGACUUCCGAGGGCACAUACAGCGUGCACGGCAAGCAGUGGGCCUCCUACCUCAGCCCGUUGGACGUGGGUCGCGCAAGCGCGGCGGCCCGGCACGCGGGGGCCCGCGGCGCCGCGCUGUGGGCGCUGGACCUGGACGUGCGGGGGCCUUGCGCCCUGCUCGGGGCCCUGCGCCGCGCGCUCACCGAGCCCGACCUGCCGCUCGACAUGUGCCCUGCCGCCUGAACCACUAACUACCAUCAAUCACACUCACCCACAACCAUCAUUACUAAGAUCGGUGAUUUUUUUGAAAAAAGAACCGAUUGAUCAUGAGACUGUUCCAUGGGUGCUUAUAUGAAUAAGACUUAAUUUAGUUAAAAUUAACAUAUUUACUCGACCGCUCUAGCUUUAGACCGGUGAUGUUAAGAUAUUGUGAUAUUUUUGUGCCGUAGGCCUACCGCUUACGCAGUUGCGUACAGCAACUGAUCCUUUUGAUUCCUUGAUUUUUACUUGAUCACCAGGGCAAUGAAACGAUUUAAGUAUUUGUAAUACGAUUAAGUAGGAGUGCAAGGAAUAUAUUGUUAUUAUGUAUGUCUUACCUUAAAAUUAGUGUACAAAGAUCCCUGGCCAAUUAAUUAUCAAUAAACUUUUAGAAAAAACAGUAUAGUACCUCGUUGAAUACGCAUAGUGUCGCGUAGUUACCAAAACUGUAUACUCCUUACUAUGAAUAGAUUAAAUAAUACUAUGAUUCAUGACUGAGCGAUAAUAAAAUAAAAUAUAAGUAUUUGAAA